AUGCACAUCUAUGCAUAUUCUGGUUUUUGGAGAUCGUCCAAAACAAAAGGGUGGAAGUUUCUUGUUGAUGAAGAAACAGGAGGUAGAUUACUUACUUUGGACACAAGCAAAACCUUUGACAACCUAAAAGUUAUGGUUUGUGAGGACUUUGGAACCGAUCUAAACUUGGUCAAUAUCGAGCUGAGUUACUUACCUUCCGAUUUGGUGAUUGGCCUCGACUCACCACCUGUCAGAUUUAACUUGAAUGAAGAGCCUGCUGAGUUGCCUAACAGAGAGGAAAUGGGUAUGUCGGGUGAAGUUUCAGAUGAUACUGAUGGUGAAGCCGAGCUUGAAGAAGAAGAUGCGAAGAUAGAUGAAAGUGAUGAUGAAAACAAGUGUGAGAAAGAUAUGAUCAACGGAAAGUAUGUCCGUUUUUCUCUGGUUGAUGUUUUGAAGAAGGGUCAACAUUUUACUAGCAAAGCAGCUCUGCAGGCAACAAUGGAAAUAUGCGCAAUGAAACAUAAUUUCGACUACAAGGUUGGCAAAACGGAUAGAAGAGUUUGGUACGUUCGUUGCGCGUAUGAUGAUUGCCGUUGGCGUGUUCGCACAGAGGGAUUAACAGGUUCUUCAUAUUUUAUCAUCAAAAAGUAUGUACCUGAUCAUUCAUAUUCUCCAUCAUCAAGGAACCACUCUGUUCGGACCGCUUCAUCAAAAAUAGUUGGUAGUCUCAUUAAGCAUAAGUACGAAACUGUCAAGGAAGGGCCGAAACCUAAUGAUAUCAUCCAGUUUAUGCGUAAUGAUCAUGGAGUUGAGAUAUCCUACUCUUUAGCUUGGGAGGCACGUGAGUAUGCAGUAAAUGUUGUGAGAAGCAUUCCAGAGAAGGGUUAUGAAAAAGUUCCCAAAUACUUGCACAUGAUGAAGGAAGCUAAUCCAGGAUCACACACAUUUUACGAAACUGAUAGCAAUGGGAGAUUCAGAUUCCUCUUCAUCUCAUAUGGUCAGUCUAUUCGCGGUUUUUAUGCUGCCAUUCGGAAAGUUAUUGUUGUGGAUGGGACUUUCUUGAAAAGAAAAUACAAAGGAGUGUUACUGCUUGCUACUGCUUUGGAUGGAAACUUGAACCUAUAUCCUAUUGCAUUUGGAGUUGUCGACUCAGAGAAUGACCGCUCGUUGUAUCCGCAUGCUCAUCACGGAAUUUGCAUUCACCACUUGCUGAACAAUGUUGUUACAUAUUUCAAGGGUAAAGGAGUCGCUGGUUUGGUUGCAAAGGCUUCUAAAGCUUACCGAGUUGCUGAUUUUAAGAAGCAAUUCACUGCUAUUUUCUCAAUUAGUCCUGCAAUUGGAACCUAUCUAAUACAAGCUGAUGUGAGAAAGUGGGCUCGUUGUCAAUUUCCGGGUUACAUGUACGAUGUUAGGACCAAUAACCCUGCUGAAUCAAUAAAUUCUGCUUUGCGUUCGCCAAGAGAGUUUCAUGUUAUACCUUUGUUGGACAGCAUAAGGGAAAUGAUGACUCGAUGGUUUUUCAAACGUAGAACUUUAAGUUAUAAGCAUAAACAUAGCGUAGGCAUACAAGCACACACACUCACUGACGACAUGUACACCACUGCUUCAUGGAGAUCGAUUUAUGAGGAAAGCAUAAAUCCUAUUGGUGUCCCGGAAGAUGCAUGGAUUGUCCCAUCUCACGUUCAGCAAGCGAAAUUCUUUCCUCCAGAAACUAGAAGAGCUGCAGGUCGGAGAAAGAAAUGUAGGUACGAGACAGUUGAAGACAAGAUCCGCUCGUAA